ACAGUGGUCCACGAAGAGGCUGUCAUUCAGCACCAUUCCUCCCCACAGUCAGCCUCCCACAGCAGCAUCCUAACCACAGCAUGGCGUCCAACGAGCUGAGUCAAAAGCUGCAGGCGCGAAAGGCCGUCACGCAGGGAACCGAACCUCGGCCGGAGCCCGAGCUCAGCCCGGUGCGGCCCAAACCGCAGGAAAACCCGCAGGAGAGCGAGGCAGCCUGCGGCGACUCGACGUCCGAGCUUUCCGCCAAACUGACCCGCAGGUUGGACAUCAACGAGGGCAACGCUGUUUCGCGACCGACCCGCGUCUUCAACCCCUACACGGAGUUCAAGGAGUUCUCCCGCAAACAGAUAAAGGACAUGGAGGCGAUGUUUCGACGGUAUGACACUGGGAAAGACGGCUUCAUCGACUUGAUGGAGCUGAAGCUGAUGAUGGAGAAGCUGGGAGCUCCACAGACUCACCUGGGCCUCAAGAACAUGAUCCGAGAGGUGGACGAAGACUUUGACGGCAAACUGAGCUUCAGAGAGUUCCUGCUGAUCUUCCGCAGAGCAGCGGCCGGAGAGCUGCAGGAGGAAAGUGGUCUGAUGGCUCUGGCCAGACUGUCAGAGAUCAACGUCUCCACCGAGGGAGUGAUGGGAGCCAAAGAUUUCUUUGAAGCCAAGGUGCAGGCUCUGUCUGUGGGCAGCAAGUUCGAGGCUGAGAUCCGGGAGGAAAAAGAGGAGCGGAAAAGACAGGAUGAUGAGAAGAAGCAGAGACAAGCAGCCUUCAAGCAGCUGCAGUCCACCUUCUGCUCCUGACCCACUGAACCCACUGCAGGUCGCACACAACGGCCCUGACACGUGCGGUCAGAGAUCAUAGCAACAGCGUCACACUACACUCAUACACUUAAACCAGUGUCACAGAUAUCUCAUAGUUUGGCCCUUUAUAACAAAAAUAGAACGAUGUGUUUAAGUACAUACUUAGUAAGAUACUUGAAAAAUAACGUCUCCUCACGCGACAGGAAGCAGGAAAUGCUUCUUCCUGCCAGUCUUUAAAAAUAAAGGCAGGAAUAACACUUCAGUCACUUCAUUUCAAAUGCAUGAGGACAUAUUAACUGGACGUUCCAGAAUCAUCAUCCUCGGGUUUCUCGUGCAUUUCCCGGAUUUGUUCCCUGUGUCCCUUCGUAUAACUGGAAGUUUUCACCUCAUGGCAUAUUUGAGCUUUUUCAGUGUGUUCUGUUUGUGACGGAUUUUAAAUGUCAUGUUUAAAUUCACGUGACCCGUUUUUUCCCAACCUUGCGUCCCCACUGCGUCCUUAAUUAUGUUUUGUUUAGAAUCAAAACGAUGUUACAGUUUAUUAUGUUUAUUAAGACGUGCGUAAUAUCAACGUAAUAGUGUUUUAACUGCUUGUGGCGUUCAUAACGUAGCUGUUUCCUGGUUAGGAGUGUGGUUAAAUGUAGGCACAGUUAAUAACCCGUAGUUGGGUUUAAGCACAAAAAAAGCACCCGUUAGAGCGAAGAAAAGACCAUGGGUCUCUCAUAUAGCGUCAAACAUCUUUUUACAUUUGUCUGUGUUGAUUCUCACUCGUCUUUCUUGUCCAGAUGUCUGAAAAUCAGUAGCAACUGAUAGGAGAUUAUUUUCUUGGCUACGUGCACCUUUAAAUCCUCCUUCUCCACCUUCCUGUGACAGCUUUACCUCAGAUACUCAUCAACUACAUCACGACUGGUAAUGUGUUAAAAAAGAAACGCAACGAAACUGCAGAAUAGUUGCAGGGGAACGUAUCUUUUGGGAGACUUAGUUGCUCUAGUGUGAUAAAAUAUAGUAUUAAUAGGUCACUCAGUUGCUGGCAAAUGAAGCCAUUUGCAGCUUUGGCCAACUGACAUCGACUCUAACUUCAGCUGUAGAUCUGAGAGUAACCAGCCUGUGUUGUCAUUGGCUGCAGUGAAGCAAUUUCACUCUUUAAAAGGAAUUAAAAA